UACAGGUUUUUUAAUGGGUUAAAAUUGAACGGUAACCCCGCCUGCGCUAUCAGUCUACAUUGGUGGGGCACCAGUGAUAAAUGAUAGGUGAGGAUGAAGGCAAUUCAGAUGGCUCAUCGUGAAGAAUUUGACAAGAAUUAAUCACGAUAGUUUCCAGGGGGAACCGUGUGGAUGUCGACCUGAUAGGAUAUAUUGCCAGCAAUGGAGCUAUUAUUGUCCAAGCAUAACUAUAUAACAUUUCUAUGUUAUGAAAAAAAAAGUAACUGGUAUGGCCAUGAUUGAAGUCUGCGAUCUUUAUUUGGAACAAAAUCUUAGAUUAUUAUCAAAGAACUCGUAUCUUCCAACCUAUAUUUUGUAAGAAAGGAAUAUUUAUUUAGUGUUUAAUUCUACACUUAAUGAGAAAAGAUUGAUUUUUGUUUAUAAUAAUUAAGAUUGAGUUAUUGACCACCAGCGGUUACACAUUAAGUGGUGGCCAAUUUUGCACUAAGUAUUGAUCCGAGUCUUGCUAAAUCUAGUGUGCAACGGUUUCCUUCAUUAUAAAAAUCAUGUCUAAAUACGAAUCUAAAAAUAAGACAAAAUUUACAAGGGGAGAAAAAUGUCUGUUUAUUCAUAUUACAAUAACAUUUACACUGAUUAUUAUAUUACUGAUUGUGUUUUUUGUUCAUUUGUGCCUGGUCGGUCACAAAGGUAACGAAGUAUUUAAAAUAUCACAAAGACAUGCCGCCACAGAUAAACCAAGUCACAAAUUGGGAUUAGAAGGCGUAGGCGUUGUUUACUUGAACAUAACGCCAGUUAGGAUUAUUUGCGUUUCACUUCUUCUCCGAGACAGAUGGUCAGUGGCUCCUGGUCACUGUGUCUCUAUUCGAACUGAACCAGAAAUAGCGAACUUGCUGCAGGCCUGGAAAAUUCGUUAUAGGACAAACGCCUAUAAAGACAUAGAGACUGAUAUCAAAACAAGUUUAGUUCAUCCCCAUUUUAAUAGAGAUGAUUUCAAUAACAAUAUAGGACUAUUUGAGCACAAAUCAGCGAUAAUAUUGUCAUUUUACGAAUCAGUUCAUAGUUUUGUUGCACUAAACAAUAAAAUAUCCUUUACGAAUACGCCCAAGUAUAUGAAGAUUGUCACUUGGGAUCUCCAGCCUUCUCAACAAAAGGGAGAUUACAGAAGUAUCAUAAUGAACACUAACAUUGUGAAAGGUAUGUCACUCGAACAAUGUAGGCAAACGAUGUCUCCCAUAGUCGAACUGCGGAACAACGAGUUUUGUGUAAUGAUCGACCGAAAAAGCAAGACAGUAAUUGUUCCAGGAGCCGUAAUAUUUAUAAAUUCGAAAGUACUGGGAUUCUUUUCCUGGGGUCCUAAACAAGCUAGAGAAGAACCGAUUGUCAUAUUAAAUAUUUUUUUCUAUAGGGCUUGGUUAAAAUAUACGAUUUUAAAAUAAUUUUUCGAUGCAAAGUAUUUACUUAUGAUUUUUGGAUGAUUUGUUGAUGAGUCUUAUAAUUAGCAGAGAAAAUAAUAUUCGCUUAUAUGUAUGCGCCAGAUUUAAAAUCACGACUUAGGGUUUA